CGUAUCCUUCCAGACGGUUAGUCACAAUGUACAUCCUCGUCGUGUGCUACCUCGCGUGGGUAUCACAAGCUUCAGGGGUGAAAAAUAUCACACACGGAGUAACAAGACACCUUAGAUCUAUUGGGUUUCCGGAAGGCAGCGGCAUGGGGAUAUUCUUCGCCCUCGGAGUACCCAUUGAUAUUCCCGACAAAUCGGUGCUAUUUUCUCUAUACUUCGAAGCGAAUUAUGCUCUGCCAGGGGAAUGGAACUCCACUUACUACUCGGACGAGCCAUAUCUUAAGAAGCGAAGUCUGGAUCGACGAUUGACGUACGAAAUUCUUAUGAACAAACUGGAAAGCUUUGGUUAUUCUGGUGAAAAUUGUCUAUUAAAAAUGAUCUGUGAAGUUACUAAUUAUCCUUUAACUAGUAAUGGGGUGCUUGGCGAAGUGCUGCAAAUUUUAUUUACGCCAUCCUCUUCGCAAAAUGAAAAUCUCCCGAGCGAAAUCACCGAGGCCGAGCACGCGAAAGAUUGCAAUUACCGCUAUAAAAAAUGCCCUCAAAGUCCAUUAGCUUUGAUAAGGCGCCAUGAUCUCGACGAUAAUAGUUAGAGAAGCCACGAUAUUAAACGCAAUCUUCAUAGUACACGGUAUAGUUCACGGACUGCCGUCCGAUAAUGGAGUUUCUAAAAAACACAUAAAG